AUGCCUACGCCUGCCCCUGAACCGCCGACGUCAGAUGCUAGAAGGCUUGGACGCUCUUUUCCAAGCGAUUUGGAGGAACUUCUCGGAACACCCAAAGCCAGCCAGAACCAACCAUCUCAAACAGAACGCUCGUUCCAGAAAUCGCCACAUGUUGCCUUUCACUUUGGGAUUUCCCAUGGCAUGCGCGUCCUGGAGCUUGUCCUGCCCCUGGCGAGCUGGGCCCUGGACCCUCGUGAGCCGCCGGCGGCGGCGUUGGCUGCGCUGACAGCAGCUGUAGGGAACGACACACAGAACGAUGCCCUGACGCUGGCAGGAGCGCUGCCUGUUCCAUUGUCACUGGCCUCCCUAGGGAGUUUCCUGCGGUUAGGCGCAGGGUUGUCAGCUUGGAAGAGCUAUGACGGAGUGCACGCGUGGGCGCUCCGCAUGGCGCCCUCCUCGGGGACCUGCAGACCACUGAGCUCCAUUUGCUUCUGCCUGCGCUGGAGGGUCUUGCAGAGGUGCCUGCGGCGUACCACUACCAACCCGAGCAGCACUCCCUUGAGCUACGGCGGCAGGCUUUGCAGGAGUUGGUGGAGGGCGGCUUUCUGGUGGUCUUGA